GCGCCAGAUCAGCCCGCCAGAUCUCGACUCUCCGGGGUGGACGUCGUCGCGAGAAUUCCCUCGAACUUUCUUCCCCUCCUCCUCCUUCCCCCUCCUUCCUCCCUCCCAUCAGCCGACACGCCAUCGAAGCUCUUCGACAGCCUCGGCAGCCGACGAGUCCCGCCGAUCCCCGCAUCCCCUCCUUCCGCCGGCCGAUCGGGCUCGAGCUCCGCUCGGAUUCGUUCAGUGGUUACUUGAUGGAAAGCGGGGCUGGAGAAUGGGCGAGUAAGCCGGCCCAGAGCGCAGCUUCCUCCGACAAUGGCAGCAAUGAUGCGGGCGAUUUUGAAUGCAACAUUUGCCUCGAGUUAGCUCAAGACCCUGUCCUGACCCUUUGCGGUCACCUCUAUUGUUGGCCCUGUCUGUAUAGGUGGCUAACCCAUCACUCGCACUGCCAUGAAUGCCCGGUCUGCAAGGCCCUUAUACAAGAGGAGAAAUUAGUCCCUCUUUAUGGAAGGGGGAAGACCCAGACGGACCCGAGAUCCAAAUCUUACCCAGGAAUUGAUAUCCCCAAUCGCCCGUCAGGACAAAGGCCUGAAACUGCUCCACCUCCAGAUGCGAACCAGUUCGCGAAUUAUGGGUUUGGUUUCAUGGGAGGGUUCAUGCCGAUGGCCUAUGCUAGGUUCGGGAACUUCACGCUGUCUACUGCAUUUGGUGGUCUAAUCCCUGCUCUGUUCAAUGUGCAAUUCCAUGGAUUUCAAGAUGCCACCGUGUAUGGGACAACUUCGGGUUAUCCAUACGGCUUCAACACAUUCCACGGGGGUCAUGCCCAUGGUUUUCCGCAGACAGCUGUGCGUGGACAGCAGGCUGAUACCGUGUUGAAGAACCUUCUUCUACUCAUCGGAAUCUUUGUGGUUCUCGCGCUGCUUUGUUGGUGAUCUUACUUUGUAUUCUCUUGGUGAUGAUUUCUCUUAACUCUCUUUAUAGUUGUCGUCAUGCUCCACGAGGCUUAGCUAGUAAAGGUUCGAGUCAGGUGUUCAGAGGUUGUCAAUAUGAUCCACAAAUCCUUGAUAUCCUGUUCCACAUAAAUCAGGCACUCCUUUUCUUUUUGCAGACAUGUUCGUGUAUGUCUGCCUUUGGUUUCCUGUUCAUAUUUGCAUGUGACCGUUUAUUUAUUUCACGCGAUUUCUUCUAUAGUGUCAUCUAUUCUGUUUGCCAUCACCAAGGAAUACAGGACCUGUCUUGGGUGUUUUCUUUGUAACUAUACAGUGCUUAAAGGUGAUACAUUUGUUCUUUUCCCAAGUGUAAUCUAGUAAGAGGAAGUGCAUUGAUUCUGGAACUUGUAGCAUGAA